UGUUAGUAAAUCUUAUGUGUGUGUGCGUGUUCGGCAUUGAUCGGCAUGACAGAGUCGUACAGUCUCGUUCUCAGUCGCUAACCAACCGUUGUUUGAUCCACAGGUAACUACUUUUAGUGUUUCCGGUUGGCCGUGUUCUAUUUCUAAAGUUCAAUUAAAAUGGAAACGGGAAAUAAAGAAACUAGGAAAACGACAGCACCUCUCUCCUUGAAAAAGCAAAUGAUCAUCAGAAUUCAUCAGUUUUUACUUGACGAAUAUAAAUUUAUUAGGUUACAUAAUGUAGACCAUUGCACCAUAUCACCUCUCGCUUGUUCGAUGAGGCGUACAGCUCAUGCGACGGGUGUGACGCCUAGUUACGUAUCUCGCCUCCUUGCGCCGUACAAAGAUGCUCUCCGAUCAUCAUCAUCACAAUCAAGGUUCUCAAAGAAAGAAGCGAAAUGUAGAAAGAAAUAUGUCAGAAAACCAAAUGAUAAAGAGAAAAGGAAAAGAAAUAUAAUAAAAAACAAGGCUAUUUUAGAUUCUUCAGAGGAAGAAAAGGCAAUCAAUAAAGCUCAUUCAGAUAUUUUUUUUACUAUUAAACAAGAGCCAUUAGAUAAUGAACAAGAAACGUCGGGUGUUGAACAAGUAAUACCAAGUAUUGAACAAGAAAUACUAGACAUCAAACAAGAAACACUACACAUCGAAGAAGAUAUUUCAGACAUUGAACAAGAAGCACUAGACAUCGAAGAAGAUAUGUCAGACCUAGAACAAGAAACACCGGGCAUUAAACAAGAAGUACCAAGUGUUGAACAAGAAAUACUAGACAUCAAACAAGAAACAUUAGACAUUGAAGAAGAUGUUUCAGACCUUGAACAAGAAACACCAGGCUUCAAACAAGAAAUACUAGACAUCAAACAAGAAAUACUAGACAUCAAACAAGAAACACUAGACAAAGAAGAUAUUUUAGACGUUGAACAAAAAACACAAAAUGUUCAAAAAGAAAUACAAGAUAUCAAGCAAAAGACAAACGAUAAAGAAGGAAAAAUUUGCGAAGAAAUUGAUUUUGAAAAAGAAAUAAACACAUUUUGUUUCGUGAAAAUGUGAUAUGCCUAUUAUGCUUCAUCGUCAAAAAGUGAUAUCGAACAUGUAAUAUAAUUAAUUAAAAUAAAAUGAAGCCGAUAAUAAUACCUUUGUUGUAUAGUAUUUGAAAUAAUAUAUUAUCAUAUAACUCAAUCUAAAAUAAUAUUGAAGAAUAUUACUUGAACGAUAGCACAACCCGCUUACAAUAUACGUUUUUAAGUUUGAAAAGAUU